GGCGUACAUUUUUCCUCACUUGUAAACACGUGCAGAAUCCGCUGUCGCCACUGCUUCUACCGUAGAUCAUCUAAACUCUUAAUCACACAUUAAAACCCUUAAGAUGGCCAAAAGCCUCCGAAGCAAAUGGAAGAGAAAAAUGCGGGCAGAGAAAAGGAAGAAAAAUGCCCCCAAAGAAUUGGCUCGUCUGAAGAAGGCGCUUGGUACAGACGUGAAAGGAGAGGCUGUCAUGACAGACAUACAGGAGAUAGCCACUGUGGUACCAGCUGACAAAAUAAAGAAACAAACAGACGUGGAAAUGACAGAAGGUACAGGAGAUGGUGAGAAAAUGGAUAUGGACAGCAAGCGCAGUAAGAAAACUAUGCUUAAUGAACAUGGACAGUAUCCUGCAUGGAUGAGUCAACGUCAAGCCAAAAAAAUGAAAGGCAAACGGACGGCUAAGAAAGGCGGCUCUGGCAAAAAGAAAAAGGGUAUUGCUUGGUAACAUUCCUAAGCAGAGACUUAUUUUGCCCAUAAUUUCAUCAACAUCAUUCUCAGUGGAUCUUAAAAGGAACUGCAUCCCAUAUGGCUUGCUUGAUCAAAUUGUGUUUUAGAAAAACCUUGCUAUACCGAAACCUCGUAUGAUAAACAAAGAGUUUUCUGUGCAAUAGACGUGAAGAAUAGGCUCCCUUCUCCUGAUAGAUACUCCUGAUCACGAUCGUAGCUUAAGAUCUGAGGGGUUUCCCUAGCGGCAUUGGAUCAGAUGCAUUGGGCAAUUUUCACUAUGUGGACAUUGCCGUAUUAAAUAAAAAAGUGAAAAUGUAGAACAAGCUUAACACCAGACUUAAUUAUACCACUUGAUGAUAAAGCAGUUGAAUAUUUAUUCAAAAAUAUUCAGUACAAAAUUACAAGUUGAUCAUCACUGGAUUAAUUCCACAUAAGCAGCUGGGAACAGACCGAUGCGCCCAUGGCAGUGUCCUUUCCACCAGCCCUCAUCGAUCAUCUCCACAUUUGUGAUAAUGUCCUCCGGGUUGAAAGAAAUCUCGUCAUCAGCCUCUGUGGCAUAAAUCAAGCAACAGCUAUGAAAUUUUGUACAAAGAAAUCACUGGCAAUUAAGAAUCCUGUACCUCCUUGAUAAUCAUAAAUGGCUUUUGCUUUCAGGCCAUGUGUCAGGUCUUCAUAAUCAUUUUCAUCCUCUGCUGAAUGUGACAGUCCAAAUAAAUACAUGUUAUAUAUA